UUCAAAACCUUCAAGAGCGAAAAUGAAUGGCAGAGAUGAAGAAAAGGGUUUAAUAUGGAAGCUACCGAUAGUUAAAUCAAAGCAUUUAGGGAAAAUUGGACCUGGUUUCGGAAUCGGCGUUGGUUGUGGUGUUGGUAUCGGAAUUGGCCUUAUCGGAGGCACUGGUUUUGGUCCGGGACUUCCUGGAUUGCAGCUGGGUUUUGGAUUAGGUGCUGGUUGUGGAAUUGGUAUUGGUUUUGGUUAUGCAGUUGGAAGAGGUUAUGCUUAUGAUGAUAAUCGGAGAUACUCUAACGCCGGUAACGUUUUCAAUCGGCCGGCGAGUUUUCCGAAUCAUGAUGAAGUAGGUCAAUUGCUUGAUGAGAUUGUUACGAAUACUAAGAAAUUGAUCAAAACAACUACACAAGAGUUAGAUAAGUGGAGAAGAUCUUAAUUGUGUGCUGUUAUGGGCUAAGUUGCGUGGACACUUCACUUUCAAUGUCGCACCGUGUCGGAUACUCCUAGAAUACACUAUUUUUGGUGAAUCCGACACACACCCGUGACAUUUUUGAAUAGUCCGAGCAACCUAUGGGUAAGUUUCUGCUCCUUUGAAAAUGGAUGUGUCAUUUGCUCUACUCAUAAAAUUAGCUUAGCUUCUUCUUCUUGUAUGGAUACAAGAAAUAUCUCGUGUUUGGUACCGAAGUAAAAAAUAUUAUAUUAUGUUAAAGAUGUUUGUGUAUAAUUUAGACGAAUAUUAUGUAUGAUGGACGGUGGGAGUAGGGUAGGGGUGUUCGAGGGUAUUCGAACUAAAGGAUCAGCAACACUAAAAGAGUCUUAAGCAUUCAUCAAGAGCCAUUAGACCAGUCAGAACAUUUGUUCACGAAAUGCUCUAUGUUAAUUUUAUACAGAUGCUUCUUAAUUUCUAUAUAUAUAUAUAUAUAUUUCAAUACGAGGUUAAUGGGUGUUCGAGCACUCUAGGUUGGUCCGCCCCUGGUUAUUUUGUGGAAUAAGGGUGAAGAUGGUUUGUGUGAGAGUGGAAGGACGUAAUCAAUGCAGAA